UUUUCUUUCCUGUUUAUUAAUUGUAACUUCAGACAAAGACGGACGGUCGUGGUUCCUGAACGCAUCUUGACCACGCCGUUUCUCUCUGACGUCCGUUUCAAACCGCGCCAACAUGUCAUCAUGUCUGACUCUGUAAUGUUUGAAGUGAUGAUCACAUGAACAUUUGCUACGAAUAAUGAGAGGGAACGCGUUUAUAAGAUCUAUUUAGUCUAAUCAGUGAUUAUUUUACACCUGGGAAAACAACACGCGUAAUUAACCACCUGGUGGGAACACGUCAGCUCUCAGCUACAGGGUCAAACUUAAACACAGAGGUUAAAUAUGUUUUUAACUAUGUAAAAGCACUGGUCGUGUUUUGACUUACUACUCAAAUGUUAAAUAAUAAUAUUAGCAUUUAAACAAGCCAAAUAACGAAGUAAAUCAUUUCCCAAUAUUAAACAUACAAUUAUAAUUAGAUGUAUAAUUCCUACACUACUUAUAAACGUGAGGCUAAUUUUAUUGCAUAUUGUGGUUCUGUUUUAUCAGAAGGACCAAUAUUUUUGUCUACUACUUAUCUAGUAAUUCAUAGUCAUUUAUUUAUCAACCAUCGUCAUUAGAUAUAGGAAAGUGAUAUAAAGUAUAACUAAAUCCCCCUUCUAUAGAGGAGGAGAAUGAAGCUGCAUGAAUUAAUAACAGUAGUUAGACUGAGUUAAAACAAGUGACACACAUCAGCUCUUUAAAAAAGUCUUCUACACCAUUAAAUCCAGGAGAAAAAGAGGAUUUUCUGCACAAACUUCACCAACUGACAAGGUGCAUGAAGAGUAAAAGGAUUAGAAGAGGUCAAAAUGCUCCAGCAACAUUUGAAGUAAGAUCAACUUUAUUAACAAUUUAGACCGACGCGUUUCGGCUCGUGGCCUUCAUCAAGAAACCAUUAAAUCCAGAAAACAACGGCCUGAAAUGAAAAUACAGUUCUAGUAAAAAGGAACAUGAAAACAUCAAGUUGUAAAGACUGCUUGAGCUACAUGGACCAAAUAAACUGGCACACACACACACACACACACACACACACACACAACAUACAUUUGGCUGUUUAGUAACUUGUUAUCAAAGUCAACUGGAAGAAGACCCAAUAUGCUUGUAUACCAGGACAAAGACAGAUACCGGCCUAAUUGAGCUAUAACAGAAGCUUGACUCACCUGUGCAGAUGGAGAAGCAGCCUUUGCCAGCUGAUGAUGACAACAACAUAGGAACCAGAGAGUCAGAGGUGGAUUGUUACUCUGGCCAGGCGCAGAGCUCGUCUGAACCGGCUGCUCGAGCAGGAUGGAACAGUAAAAUAGAGUAUUUCUUGGCUCAGGUGGGAUUCAGUGUUGGGCUCGGAAACGUCUGGAGGUUUCCUUAUUUGUGUCAUCAAAAUGGAGGAGGGUCUUUUCUCUUGCUGUAUAUCCUGCUCAUGCUGGUGAUAGGCAUCCCUUUGUUCUUCCUGGAGCUGGCAGCUGGCCAGGCCAUCCGACAGGGCAGCAUCGGUGUGUGGAAGUUCAUCUCCCCGAGGCUCAAAGGGAUCGGAUACUCCAGCUGUGUGGUGUGUUUCUUUGUGGCUCUCUACUACAAUGUGAUCCUGGCAUGGAGUCUUUUCUAUCUCGGGAACUCCUUCCAGUACCCUUUGCCUUGGGAACAGUGUCCAAAAGAGGGUAAUGUAACAGUACCAGAAUGUGAAAAGAGCUCCCCCACAUCGUAUUUCUGGUACCGCAAAGCUUUGGAUGUCACAGACUCCAUUGAUGAGACGGGCUCUUUUAACCCUUACAUCGUCUGCUGUCUGCUGGCUGCCUGGACCAUCGUGUGCCUGGGAAUGUUCAAGGGCAUCAAGAGCUCUGUCAAGGUGAUGUAUUUCUCCUCCAUCUUCCCGUAUGUGGUGCUGUUUUGCUUCCUGGUACGAGGACUCAUGCUGGACGGGGCCUCAGAGGGAAUCACUUUUAUGUUUUACCCAAAGCUGGAGAUUUGGGCCGAUGUGCAGGUGUGGAGGCAGGCAGCGACCCAGGUCUUUUUUGCUCUGGGCCUCGGCUUCGGGUCCAUCAUCGCCUACUCCUCCUACAAUCCAAAGAACAACAACUGCCACCGUGAUGCCUUCACUGUCUCCUCUAUAAACUUCCUCACGUCUGUGCUGGCCACUCUGGUGGUGUUUGCCGUGCUCGGCUUCCGCGCUAAAUUAAAGGUCACAGCAUGUGUAGUCGGUAAUCUAAAGGAUUUAUCAGAGCAGGUUCGCAGUGGUUUUGUGGACAAAACCCUGAUGCCAGACUUUAACUACUCUGACCCCAGCUCUGUGGCUCUAAAAAACUACAAGGAGUGGUUUAAACAGUAUGGAAACAUGGUCCCUGGCAAUUUAACAGACUGUGACCUGGAAGAAGAGAUGCAGAAGGGUGUGGAGGGCACAGGCCUCGCCUUCAUUGCCUUCACAGAGGCCAUGUCUCUCCUGCCUGGCAGCCCCUUCUGGUCGGCGCUCUUCUUCCUCAUGCUGCUCAACUUAGGACUCAGCACCAUGUUUGGCACUAUGGAGGGUAUCCUCGCACCGCUCACUGACCGCUUCAAAACUCUGGCUAACAACAAGACCAAACUCACAAUCUUCAGCUGCAUCAUUGGCUUCAUUAUUGGCCUGCUCUUCACCCAGCGCUGUGGGAACUACUUUGUGAUGAUGUUUGAUGAUUACUCUGCCACUCUGCCCCUCAUCAUCGUCGUGGUGUUUGAGACCUUCAGUGUGUCCUGGCUGUACGGUGCGGACAGGUUCCUUGAUGACAUCGAGGUUAUGUUGGGGUGGCGCCCCAGUGUGAUUUACAAGUACCUGUGGAAAUAUAUCUGCCUGCUCGCCAUGCUCGGUCUGCUGGGAGCCACAACCAUUCAAAUGUUAAUCAAACGGCCCACAUAUGUGGCCUGGAAUGAAGACAAGGCUUCUGAGGUGACCAUGGAGUACCCCAGCUGGGCUCUGGCUGUUUUGGCUAUUCUGAUCAUAAUUGCCAUGAUUCCUGUCCCACUGGGCCUGAUCCACGCCGUGCUGCAGGACAGAACAAAGAAAGCAGCGCGGGACACAGAGAUCGGUCAGUACAGAAUUGUGAGCACCGAUGACAAAUGUGAAACCCCGAUGACUGACAUGUCCGAGCUGGACCAAAAGAACAACACCUCUGCUGAUUUUUAAAGGAACAUUGGACUUGAUAUCACACAGUGUAGAGAAAAGCAGUGCAUGAAUCACACACAGCUUCAAGUGCAGCUGUGGCACAAAGAGAAGGUCCACAUUUUCAUAUUACAUUAAGAACAAACAUAUUCAGUUUUAACACAUCAAAAAAUCUCACUGUUUAUCAAUCACACAUUGUAAAAAAUGAGAAUGUGGAACAAAUAUCUUGUUUCUUUUUAAAGGAAGAUUCCCACUUUUUUUUUGUACCUUUUUUUAUUUUUUUACUUUCUUUUAGAUUGUAACCCAAAUGAGCAAAAUAAUGUUGUUAUUUUUUGCUUAUGCCAAACACAUCACCUCCAUGAGUUUUUAUUUUUGUAUGAGUAGUUCACGUGUCGAGUUUUCUUUGUCCUUGAUAGGUUUUUUUUUUUUUUUUUUUACCUCCAUGUGAGAUGUGUCUAAAUUCUGUCUGGAUUCCAUUUAGACUCCUUUAAUGCCAUCUGGACGACAUUUUUCCCCCAAAUCUUGUCAGUUGUUCAAAACCAGCAGACGUUCACUGUCUUAUUGUUGAUCAAGUAUGACAACUUUAAUGUCUGUUGUGCACGAGCUCAAAGCUCUACUCAUAUGUUCACUGAGUGAGGCUGUGCCUACGCUCGUAAAAUCAGGAGUUAUGGUUUAACAAAUGUAUUACUCCAGACCAUUAGAAACAAUAACCCGUCCAUACUCGUCAAUGCACCACAGCCCAGUAGUACCUCAUAUUUGUACAAUAAAAAAGAUAUCUUAGAUAAAAAAACAGACAGCUGCUGUGUGAAGAGCAGGUUACACACAAACGUUCAAAGUAAAGAGCAGAAUACAACAAAAUAUUAAAAUCCUCCAGGAAUGAGGGCAAUCAGAGUUCUGGCGACCUGAAUAUGUUGUACAAUAAUAACCACUGUGACAAAACAUUUUUUUCUGACUGAGUGAGUUAGAAAAAAUAAUCAGGUACAAUAAGAUCUCUUGCAAAUCAAGAAUGUUAAUGUUUGAGUGGACAGAUGUUUUUAAAAGUGCUAUUACACAAACUUAAUAAGCCUACAAUACAUUUUAUAGACACGGACCAUAAACAUGGCAGCCUUAUGCUAGGUUUGACCUGGUAGCACGGUAAUAAUGGUCGUUACCAAAGUUGAGCCGAGCCACAACAGAGAAGCUGAGCCUGAAAUAAGGCGGGAACACGGUGGAAUUGAGUGACUGUUACAAACACGAAGUAAACACAGUUUUUGAUGCAGCCAUAGGGAACAGUAUUAAUGCUGUUCACCACACAGAAGCCAUUCAACAAUGUUUACAGCUCAACAAACAAACCAGCCUCUGUGAUGUUUACAGGUGUGUUUGUAGUUACACAGGUAACACACUGCUGAUACACAGUACGGUAUGUGAAAGUUCAGCUGUUGGCUUUGUGAUUGUUGUUUUAGCAUCACUGUUUUCUUUUAGCGGUGAGAAACAAAUCAGGUCAGACUCUGAAAGUUUCAGUUUAAAUCUUCCUGUGGUGUCGAGCUCUGUGAUGUCAGAGGGGGGGAAAGGGGGUGGGGGGUUGUUGGGGUUAAUCAGCCCACACUGUUGUGGCCAUCAUGGUGCAAAUACAAAAUGUAAAUUCCUUUUUGAAAUGUAAAUAUGUAUUUAAUAUAAGUUAGUGUUUCCCCUAGGUUUACAGCGUUGGGGGGGACACGCCAACACAAACACUUGAAGGAAUCUUGGUGUUCAUGCGUUACUUUUAAUGACAGCUGUCCUUUUCUAUAGAAAGGUAUCCUUAAAUGACUUCUUUCCCUGAUUUCUGACUCUAUCCACUAUCAUAUCUCUACAAUAAAGGCACAAAAAGCCCAAAAAUAAAUCCCGCCGUUGGGCGCCCCCCCCCCUCUAAUAAAAUGGUAGGGGAAACACUAAGUCAACUUUGUACAUUUGUUAUUACUGGAGAUUUGCAUGACGCAUGUUUUUGUUUGUUUAGGAGGCACUCCUAUUGUUCACAUGUCCAUGAAUGUAAUUUUAGUGUUUAUAUUGUAAAAUAUAUUUUUAGACUUAAAUCAUUGAACAUCAAUGUCUAUUUGGUAUCCCUUUAUCUGAAAUGACAGAUUCAGCGGUUUACUUGUUUUCAAAAUGAAAUGAAUUUGAAUGUUGUAUAUUUGUAAACAAAGUGCCUGCAGGUUUAAUGAGGCUGAAUAAAAAUUCAAGUGUAUAGUUUUGACUUUCUGAUGCAAGAUUCACUUUUCAGUGCAGUGUUAUCUGUAAGGCUGUGUAUUUCUGAUGUCAGAAAGUGUAAUAUAAUGCCAUAGUUAUGUAAUAUAUGUUUGACAUUUUAUUAAAGUUUCCUUUGAGCAUACAGAACAUU